UGUUUUACGUAGCAGCAAAGUAAAUCGACUAUAAACACAACCACUGAUUUAAACAGAAAGAACUUUACCUACCUCUAGUGGACGUUAAAACCCACUACACGCAUCCUGCGCCUUUGCAACAACUUUACGGUAACAUGAUGGACUUGCAACCAAACAGACGUAGCAAACUCAGAGCCAAUCAGCGUUUGAGAUGGGCGGGACAUACUCAUAUAACGGACCAAGAAGCCCUCCGUCUGUCUGCCGCCGUUAACGGACACGACUGUUCAUAAUGGUGUGAAUUAUUAUCAGAAACGUUAUGAGACACGGUGUGUGCCACACACGGGAGACGAGAAUGCCGGACACUUAUGUAAAACUACACUGAAUCAGUGAGAUGUCUCUGGCUCAGAGGGUUUUGCUGACCUGGGUCUUCACCCUGGUCUUCCUCAUCAUGCUGGUACUGAAACUGGAUGGGAAGGUGCAGUGGAACUGGUUCCUCAUCUUCCUCCCAGUCUGGGUAUUCGACGGCAUCCUCAUCCUCAUGCUCGCCAUCAAGAUGGCAGGCCGCUGCAAACCCGGGUACGACCCGCGCAACGGCUCCCCGGACCUGCGUCUGCGCGCCUGGUAUCUGACAGCCAUGCUGCUCAAGCUGGGCUUCUGCCUGACGCUGUGCGCCAAGCUGGAGAAGCUCGCGGACGUUAAGCUGACGUUUGUGUGCAUACCACUGUGGACCAUGUUGCUGGGGGCGCUGGUGGAGCUGGGACUGAACAUCUUUCCUGAGAGGAGAGAAGCCUGAUAGCGGAUGAAGAGUUACACUAAGAAAAAAAAUAGUUGGGGAUAGAUUUGCGGUUGUAUGACCAAGACCGUGCGAAACUGGAGCUGAUCAUGUUUCCAGAGAAGAAAUCAAAUCAUCACUUUAGUUAUUAGUGUUCUUAAGAGUAAGAGACUUUGGGUGAAAUAAAAAUCAUGGUGGAGUACGCUGUGAGGACACGGCAGAGACUCUACUGUCUGUCCACUCGUUUAAAAUUUUCAUAAUAGCUAAAAAAUGUCUCAAAAAGCCAGACAGGGAUCAACUCUAAAUGUAUAAGACUACUGUGAAGCCUACACUGGAAGAAACAUUAACAUCUACUAAUGUUUCCUUUUGUCUUGAACUCAAAAUGUUCAGUAUUAUUUUCUAUUUUCUCUGUAUAUAAGCUGCCACACCUGCUCUCACAAAGAUCAUCACUGAACAGUAUUUAAUUCUCUCGGUACCAAAUCAUGGCGUGCACAUUUUGCUACAUACGCUUUAAAUAAUUGCACGGCUGUAUUUACAGCACAAACACUUUCUUCUUCUCAUUCCCAAGCUGUGGAGGGUCGCCGGCCAAAUAUCAUUUCAUGAGUUAUAAAUUAACUUUAGAGGUGUUCGUGACGACAGCCCGGUUUGGCUGCAAGCGCUUGGAGAAAUUGGAUAAUUUAAGAAGUUGUCCAGGACUUCAAAGCGUUAUGGAACAACUUGUGAUUUUUCCACAGGCUGCCCUCUCUGCUCCGUACAAGGUCUCUUUUGUACCAUGUAAAUCAUGAUGUGCCCCGUGAGAAACAGUAAGCUGUUAUUACCGCGAGGUCGACAGGGAAACACCUCGACACAUAUCACGAUAAAGAUCACAUUCCUACUGUGUAUUAACUUUAAUUAUUAGGGCGUAAAUACCUCCCACCAGCGGUUUAUAGUCUUGUGUCAUCAUUGUUUUCAACUCUAAGGUACGGCUGACACUGUGCAUGCAUGACAUCUGUAUUGUGCCAUUUAAUUAUGAGUGUUUCAGAUACAUUCUCUGCGUUGUUUUGCACUGUGUUGAAAUGAAAAGGAAUAAUAGGUGUUUUGGGACUGAAAGUAUUUGAUAAUUAAUGCACGUCUUGCAAAAAAUAAAUGGAUUCUGUACAUGAAACUGGCCUCAAAUAGUCGUGCAAAUACACACACAUGCUCAAGUGUUUCCAUAUUCAGAAGGAUCCAAAUUAGUUGCGGACUAUGUAAAGCAAAGUACUGUGGUUGUUGGGGGGGAAGAUCCUGCUGGGAUGUGACCUGGCGUGAACUGUGAGGCAACCACAAAGACAACAGUAGCAUGUGUGAGCUGUAAAGUUACCUCAGCCUGCAUUAGCUACUUUUUUUAAGCAUCCAUCGCACAUCUUUUCUCAUUACUGACAUCCUGUCCUCCACCUGCAGUUGGAUGUAUUG